CCCCCCCCAAAUCCUUGGUGCACUCUGGGGCUGGGAAGGGGUCGCGUGUCCGUCUGUCCCCCCCCCUUGCCGUGUCUCUGUCCCUCCCGGAAGGGGCUGUGUCUGUCUGUCUGUCCCUCUGUCCUUCCCCCCCCCCCCCCCCCCCUUUUGGGGGGGGGGCUGUGUCCGUCCGUCCCCUGCGGGUUCUGUCCGUCCGUCUGUCUGUCCCUGGGCACUGCCACGCACCGGCUGUCUGCCCCCACGACCCUCCCACGACCACCCCCCCCCCGGCUGUGUCCGUCUGUCUGUCCCCUGGGCUUGGUGGCCCCCCCCGUGGCCCUCUGUGUCCCUCUGUCCAUCCGUCGGGCGAUGGGUUCCUGGGGGUGGGCUCUGGCUCUACUGGCGUUGUGGGGGGGGGGUCCCAGGGGUCUCUGGGGCGGUGCCGGGGGGUGCGGGGGGGGCCCUGUCUGUCCCCACCCCUGACGGAAGGUCACGGGUGGUCUCGGUCACCCUGAGGAACUUCCAAGGGCUGCGGCAAAGGUUCCCGGUGCUGGCUCUGCUGCACAGACCCCCCCGGGACCCCCACAACCCUAAGAUGGUCCUGGAGCUGGCAGCCCAGGUGCUGGAGGAGAAGGGGGUGGGCUUCGGCCUCCUCGACUCAGAGAAGGACGCAGCCAUCACCAAAAAGCUGGGCCUGACAGAGGAGGGCAGCAUCUACGUGUUCAAGGAGGAUGAAGUGAUCGAGUACGACGGGGAGAUGGCAGCCAACACCCUGGUGGAAUUCCUGCUGGAUCUGAGGGGGAGCUGGGACCUGUUCCUGACCUUGGUUGUGGUCUCUGGGGACCCCGAUGCUGUGCCCCCCUCCCAGGUGCUCGAGGACCCAGUGGAGUUCAUUGAGGGUGACCACGAGCUCCAGGCCUUCGAGAACAUCGAGGAGGACCCCAAACUCAUUGGGUACUUCAAGGACAAGGACUCAGAGAAUUUCAAAGCCUUUAAGGAGGCAGCUGAGCAGCUCCACCCCUACGUCCCUUUCUUUGCCACCUUUGACACCAAGGUGGCCAAAAAGCUGAGGCUGAGGUUGAACAAGAUCAACUUCUACCAACCCUUCCUGGAGGAGCCACUGCCCAUCCCCGGCAGCCCCCACACCCGGGGGGAGAUCCUGGACUUUGUGGAGCAGAACAGGAGGCCCCCUCUGCGGAAACUCAAACCCGAGAGCAUGUAUGAGACCUGGGAGGAUGACAUGGAUGGGAUCCACAUCGUGGCCUUUGCUGAGGCAGAUGAUCCAGAUGGGUUCGAGUUCCUGGAGAUCCUGAAGGACGUGGCCCGGGAUAACGUGGACAACCCUGACCUCAGCAUCCUCUGGAUCGACCCCAAGGAUUUCCCGCUGCUCAUCCCUUACUGGGAGAAAACCUUCGGCAUCGACCUCUCCGUGCCCCAGCUUGGGGUGAUCAAUGUCACCGACGCUGACAGCGUGUGGCUUGAGAUGGUGGAUGAGGAUGAUCUGCCCGGGCCGGAGGAGGUGGAGCAGUGGCUGAAGGAUGUGCUGGAGGAUGAGGAGGAUGAUGAUGGCAACGAUGACAAUGAUGAUGAAGGUGAUGAUGACAACGGUGAUAAUGGUGCUGAUGACAGCGAUGAUGAUGAUGAUGAUGAUGAUGAUGAUGAUGAUGAUGAUGAUGAUGAUGAUGAUGAUGAAAACAAGGAGGAUGACAGUGAUGAGGAUGACAAUGACAGUGAUGACAACACCUAAACCUUGGGUUCUGCUCCCUCUCCAAGACAUUAAAGUCCCCAAAGAUCC